CACCUUCUCUCCCCGUAACCUUCUACUCUCUCUCCCAGCUCUAUCCGCGGCAUCAGUGCCUAUAGAUCUGGCCAAUCUCCACUCCAAUUGAUCUGCUGUGCUCGCCUUUGGCUUGGAGCAGCUCAAAGUUGACCAUGUUGGCACCUCGACAGCUCCUGGGCAUGGCCCGGAGCCGUGCUCUCGGCAGCGCCAGCCUCGGGCUGAGACGCAUGGCGACUGUCUCUGACCAUCCGCUGGACAGGAAGGUUCGGCAAAACAACUGGGAGGAGGGCAACUUCAUCAACUACAAGAAGAUGUCGGAAAACCUUGCCAUUGUCCGCAAGAGACUCAACCGCCCCCUCACAUACGCCGAGAAGAUCCUCUACUCUCAUCUGGAUGACCCGCACGGUCAGGAGAUCGAGCGGGGUGUCUCUUAUCUCAGGCUGCGACCGGAUCGCGUUGCCUGCCAGGAUGCCACUGCUCAGAUGGCCAUCCUCCAGUUCAUGUCGGCCGGCAUGCCCUCGGUCGCAAACCCCACCAGCGUCCACUGUGACCACUUGAUUGAGGCCCAGGUUGGCGGUGUCAAGGAUCUAGAGCGGGCCGUGAGCAUCAACAAGGAGGUCUACGACUUCCUUUCCACUGCUUGCGCCAAGUACAACAUUGGUUUCUGGAAGCCGGGCUCUGGUAUCAUCCACCAGAUCCUCCUCGAGAACUACGCCUUCCCCGGUGGCCUGCUGAUCGGUACCGAUUCUCACACUCCUAAUGCUGGCGGUCUCGGCAUGUGCGCCAUUGGUGUCGGUGGCGCUGAUGCCGUUGACGUCAUGGCAAACCUGCCCUGGGAACUGAAGGCUCCCAAGGUUAUCGGUGUUAAGCUUACUGGCCAGAUGUCAGGUUGGACUUCGCCCAAGGAUAUCAUCCUCAAGGUUGCCGGCAUCCUCACCGUAAAGGGAGGCACUGGUGCCAUCGUUGAAUACCACGGACCCGGCGUUGAUGGCAUAUCAGCGACUGGCAUGGGCACAAUCUGCAAUAUGGGAGCUGAGAUCGGCGCUACAACGUCCGUCUUCCCCUUCAACGACCGCAUGUACGACUAUCUCGCUGCCACUAAGCGGAAGGAGAUCGGUGACUUCUCUCGCGUCUAUGCCAAGGAGCUCCGCGAGGACGAGGGCGCCGAGUACGACCAGCUCAUCGAGAUCAACCUCUCGGAGCUCGAGCCCCACAUUAACGGCCCCUUCACUCCUGAUCUGGCCACCCCUAUCUCCAAGUUCGCCGAGGCGGCCAAGGCCAACAACUGGCCCGACGAGAUCAAGGUCGGCUUGAUUGGCUCGUGCACGAACUCGUCGUAUGAGGAUAUGAGCCGCGCGGCUUCCAUCGCUCGUGACGCUCUCAACCACGGCAUCAAGGCCAAGGCGGCUUUCACCGUCACCCCUGGCUCGGAACAGAUCCGGGCUACCAUUGAGCGGGACGGACAGCUCCAGACCUUCGAGGAGUUUGGCGGCAUUGUCCUGGCCAACGCUUGCGGUCCUUGCAUCGGGCAAUGGGAUCGCCGCGAUGUCAAGAAGGGCGAGGCCAACACCAUCAUCUCGUCCUACAACCGUAACUUCACCGGCCGCAACGAUGGCAACCCCGCCACACACUCCUUCGUCACCUCUCCGGAUCUCACUGUCGCCAUGUCCAUCGCCGGCACGCUCUCCUUCAACCCUCUGACCGACAAGCUCAAGGACAAGGACGGCAAUGAGUUUAUGCUGGCCCCGCCAACUGGUGAUGGUCUUCCCGAGAGAGGAUACGACCCCGGCCAGGACACUUACCAGGCGCCACCCAAGGACCGCUCCACCGUCAACGUUCAGGUGUCUCCCUCGUCCGACCGUCUCCAGGUGCUCCAGCCAUUCAACCCUUGGGAUGGCAAGGAUGCUCUCGACCUCCCCAUCCUCAUCAAGACCCAGGGCAAGACUACUACUGAUCACAUCUCUAUGGCUGGCCCGUGGUUGAAGUACCGUGGACACUUGGACAACAUCUCGAACAACAUGCUUAUCGGUGCCAUCAACGCGGCCAACGGCGAGGCUAACAAGAUCAAGAACUUCACUACUGGCGAGUUUGAUGCUGUCCCGGCUGUUGCCCGUGACUACAAGAAGAAGGGCAUCAGGUGGGUUGUCGUCGGCGACUGGAACUACGGCGAGGGUUCAUCCCGAGAGCACGCUGCCCUCGAGCCUCGCCACCUUGGUGGCCUCGCCAUCAUCACCCGGUCCUUCGCCCGUAUCCACGAGACCAACUUGAAGAAGCAGGGCAUGCUUCCUCUCACCUUCUCCGACCCUGCUGACUAUGACAAGAUCAACCCCGACGAUAAGGUUGACUUGCUCUGCACCGAACUCGAAGUCGGCAAGCCCUUCACAAUGGUCGUCCACCCCAAGGACGGCAAGUCUUACGAGGUUAAGCUCUCGCAUACCUACAACUCUGCCCAGAUCGAGUGGUUCAAGAACGGCAGCGCUCUCAACACCAUGGCCAAGAACAACAAAUAAGGUGGGGGAGAAUGGAUCGGGACUAGAAGCAGUGCAUGGGACAUGAAAAUACUAUUAGGGGAUGUGUGUUUGUGUGUGUGUGUGUGCGUGUGUGGGGGAUGAUGACAUGGGCAAGGCGUAAACCCGCAAUUUCAUAAUUUGUUAUGUACAACGGAAAUGCAUUUUGGUCGUUCGAUUUAACUUGUUCUCUUGAGUAUAUGAUACGAUUGGAAUCGGGUGUGCAAAAUCAUAUAGAUCAACUACCACUACCUACCCUACAUCGGUAGUGCCUUAAGAGUUGAGAGAGAUGG